AUGGAGUCUUUUAGUGAGGACAUAAUUCGCGAGAUCAAACGUAUAAAUAACAUUCCGGAAGAAGUCCAAAACUGUAGCAGCCUGGUGAGGUCCAUUCACCUGUUUUUUAGCGAUCUACCACAAACUGUUGCAUUCAAGACAUUCUCAAACCUGAAGGAGUUGGUUAUUGUGGGUCAUCGCAUAUCGGACCUUUCUUUCCUAAAAGGUUGUACUAACCUCUCUGUGUUGUGGGUAUGUGAAAGUGGCCUCAAGUCGAUGCAGCAUUUAAAAUUGGCCCCAAACAUAGAAGAGUUGUAUUUGUUUGAUAAUAAUUUAAAGCGGAUUGAAGGCCUGGACCAGAUGUCCUCACUUCGACGUCUUUGGUUGAAUGACAAUGACAUCCACACUGUGUCGAAUGUUGAAAAUCUAAAGAAACUACGUGAUUUAAAUGUGGCUGGGAAUAACAUUGAACGCCUGGACUCGUGUUUAUUUUACUGCACGGAUUUAACUACCCUUAAUCUUUCUGGAAACCAACUGUACGAUAUACCAGACAUGCUGUCUUUAUCUGCCUUGCCAAAACUCCGUGAAUUGAGGAUUAAUGAUGGAGAAUAUGCAUCUAGUCCGAUUUCAUUGAGUUCCCAUUCCUACAUGGCCUUGCUGCAUUACAUUCCACAUAUCACUAGUAUAGAUAAGAUUUCUAGGCGCGGCUCCUAUUUACGUAACCUUAUCCAGUCCGUAGUUUCCAACAAAAAGACAUUUUAUUUUGCAAGUUAUCGUCAUCAGCAUAAUGUCCUACUGCAGGCCUGUCGGGUACUUUUUUCGUUAAAAAAUCGCUUGUUUAAGCACAUUAGCGAGCGACUGAGAUUAUUAAGCGAACACACUAGAGCUAUUGAAACUGCGUCUGAUCCCAUUGGCGCCAACUCACCUGAUCAUGAGAAGUUAAAGAAAAAACUUGAAGAAAUUCGCAAUCGGGUGAACUGGUGGAAGGGUGUUUGGAGUGAACUGGAAGACGAGUAUUCGCAUUGCUUCUCUACUCUGAUGGGCAGACUGCAGUUUGAUCGGUGUAUUCGUACUUGUGAACUUCAGCUGUUUGGUGGGCUGAUGGUAACACCAGUAGAUCCCGCUUUCACUGACCUGUUCACGUUGUGCUCGUGCUUUUGCCAACAACGACUGUGCUGGCACGACCACCUUGUAGAUAACUUUUCGGAUCUGCGACUGAGUCGCCUGUGGGUUGUUCGAAAUGACUUUUUGAACCACUUCUUUCAUCUAGAGCAAAUCACCGAUGCCGACACUAUCGACGAGGAGGUCUUGUUCUAUUGCUGCGUGUUCGCAUCUGGCGUCGAUUACUGCCACCUGGCGAGUAUUCUUCGUUCUGGCUUCUUUGGUGACGUAGCUGGCAAGAAUCUGGACUUCUCCUCCCUUCUGAACCCCGUCUUGGAGCUUAAUAGUGCAUUAAGCAGCACGAAGUAUAACACGUCAUUUCAUGUUCUCCUAGUUCGUGCUAUUUCUGACGAGUGUAAUGACUUCACGCGUACUGACGUACAAAUAUCCAAUACCACAACGAAUCCUUCACGUCUCGAUUCCGCCAAGGUUGAACCAUGUGCCUGCUCUCUUAAUCACGCUAACUUCACUUUUACAAAUGGCGCCUACUUGGUACCCGAAUUCAUAGUUGAGUUGGAGCUUAUUGCUGACUCCCAGUCUUCACAGUUUUUCGGACACGUGAGUAGCAGCGAUCUGACGUGUCCACCGGUGCUGAAGAAAGCCAUCGAAGACAAAAUUAAAUUGGGCGUCGCCCGGGACACGCGUAUCCUGAAGACUCCUCCUGAGGUCCCACUGCCUCCAGAUUUAUCUGAAAUGUCAUUGGAGGGGGCGUUGCGUCUGCCGUGGUUCGCACGCGUUGCUUCGCUCCCUCAGUGUUCAAUAACGGAGAUCAAUUUGCACGGAACGGGAUUCCGCAGUCUCAAUCACUUUGGCCAACUUCCAGCCUUGAAGGCGCUGAUAUUAUCGGACUGUGGACUGUCGAGUCUUGACGGAUUGAGCCUGCCGACCUUGGAACUUCUCGACUUGAGUCACAACUCGCUGAACACUCUGAAAAGCAUGGGCAUGUGUCCGAGUCUGCUCCAGCUGGAUGUCAAUUGGAAUCUGCUCAGCGACUUGGAAAGCGAAAUGCGCCACCUCCGCGCGGUAACAAAGAAAUUGGCUGUAAUUAAGAUCGAGUGUAACCCUUGGCUCAGGUGUGAGCGGGUGCUGGAACGAGCUUGGUCACUUUUGCCAAGCCUAAGUCGACAGUCGGGUGUGACCAUUGGUGAGAGCACGGACAGUGCGGGUGCCUUCAUGCUCAAUCACCUCUUCUCGACCUCCAAGCACUACAUGCUCACGCUUUGGCCAAUUCUCUACUCUCUUCCAAGGCAUUUUCCUAGCGACACUAGACCGCUAGAGUGGUUUUUGCAGUCGACGAAGGUGUUUGAUAACUCCAUGUCUUCGAUUCCGUCCUUCUCACCGAUCUACGCUAGCACAUUGAGCGCGUUGUCCAUUAAUAACGCCUACCUGACUGACUUGUCAUCGCUGUCGUCAUUGAACCAGCUCCAGGAAUUGUCGAUUGAGGACAACUGCCUGACCUCCCUUCAUGGGAUUCACCACCUCCACAACCUGAAGACCCUCCUGGCGGGGAAUAACUCCAUUACCUCGAUUUCCAAUUGCGGACUUAACCAACUCAAGAAUUUGCAGGUGCUAGCUCUCGACAACAACCAAAUUGACUCGUUGAACCCUCUUGGCUGUUGCUCAGCCCUCAAGCAGCUCUACUUGUCUGGCAAUAAAAUCAGCUCUUACCAAUGUGUCCUUGUCCUGGGCGACUUGCUCAAUCUCGACGUCUUGGAUUUGCGUUUCAACGCCUUGACCACGCAGCUGUUGAACUACCGCCUAAGAACUAUCUACCGCUUACCACACCUGAUCUUCUUGGAUGGUUUGCCUGUGAGUCAUGGUGAAAUUAAUGAGGCAAGAGAUACUUUCGACGGUCGACUAACAACGGAGUACCUGCUGGCUUCACUGGGGAUCGACCAUCCCUCAGGACUCACCCGUAUUGAUUACGAGGACAACGCCCUGCGCAGAAUCGACCUGUUCCCUCCCGAUGCCUUUGUGAACCUUCACACCGUCAAUUUGCAGAACAACAAACUGACCUCGUUGGACGGACUGUUGGAUUUGCGAAGCGUUCAGGUGUUGCUGCUUUCGGACAAUAGGAUAGCCUGCCUCACCUCCAACGCCUCCCUUCGAGACUCCAGAAUGGACCUUCUGCCUAAUUUGUCAGUUCUGUCGUUGGCCGGGAAUGGUAUUCAGUGUCUGAAGUCCCUUCAACUCCAUCGCUUUCCUCUGCUUCACACGCUCUUCCUUCAAGAAAACUCGUUGACCUCGGUGUCGGGACUCGAGGGCGCACGCAACCUUCUUAAUGUUGUGCUCGACAAGAACAAAAUCCGCAAAUUGACCCCCGAGGACCUCGUGACGCUGCGUUGCCUCAUCGAGUUGCACUUGGAGAGUAACCGUCUGCGUGAUCUGCCGUCGCUAGGUCACUUGGAACAGCUGGUCCAUCUCUUCCUUGGCGACAAUCGGUUGGACGACCUUGACGCCACCAUUGAAAAGCUCUCGUCACUGACUCGCCUUACCCACUUGGUUCUCAGUGGCAAUCCCGUGUCGAAGGUUAACUCCUAUCGUCUAGCAGUGUGCUACGCUCUGCCUCGACUGAAAUUCCUGGAUGCCGUUGACAUUAGCGAGCGUGAGUUGCAGCUGGCGUUCAGUCUGUACGGCGGUCACGAGUCGCCGGCUUCGUCGAACUCCGCGCUCGAAUUUGAGGUGCCAUUGGUAAAACGCACGAUUCGCAGCCUCGGCACAAAGGUGCUCACCUCUCAGCUAUGCCUUCCGCCUGUGGCUAAAUUGGGAGCUGCGGCUGACGGUGGUGGUGGUAGUGGUUCUCCAACUGCAUUGGCACCACCCCCAUCCACUCAACAGGCAGACAAUGUCGACGAAACUCACCAACCUACCACUUCAGCCCUCAACGAUGCGUCCCCGAAGACACACCAAGGCAACGGCGACACACUGCCAGCAGAUUCGUCCCCGCUGAUAGUCACGUCAACGUCGUUGUUGAAGACCGCCUCCAGUGUAACGGCGCCCUUCCCGAAGGAUCUGCGGUUGUCGGUUGCCAAGAAGAAGUCCACUGGUGGAUCGAUAACGCUGGAGUUUAAGAGGCACCAGGAGCGGACCCCGAAGAAUGACUCCAAGAGGGUUGUGAUGUCGAUCCCUGGAAUAAGCAUCAACGCAAUGGCCAACAUCAGCUCUCAGCUGUCUAACCUGCCUUGUGUUGAGUCGUAUGAUCUUCUUUUCGAAGACGAACGAUAA